AGGGUCAUUAUUUUGCCUGGCCCUUGAGCUACUUGAACCUUGCCUGGGAACCCCUACAGCUCGACUCAUUCUGUCUAUCACUAGCUAGUUAGCUAAAUAUCUAUUGAGAAUAUCUAAAACUAAGAAAAGAAAAAAAGUGGCCGUCUGAAGAUUAACCACUCUUCCCUAAGGCGACAGCAAAGGAGAAAGCUUUUUAACAAAGCCUGAAAAUGACUGCGUAAACGAAAAAUCAGGGGCCCUUCAGUAGCAGAAAAAAGGGGAGUAACGUUGCUGUGGUUGUCCUCGGCCGGGGUACACCUCGGCGGAUGAGGGAAACCCCGAGGAUCACGGCCUGCAAUAACAUUUCACCAUCUUCAACUAGCAGUUCAGAGAAGAAAGGGAACGCCUGCCAAUGGUCACAUUUGUCCUAACAAGUUAGAUGUGUCACUGCAUAUAGACGAAAACGUGGUGUUCACAAGGCACUGGCUCAUCAGUAAAUCAUUUUUGGAGUAAAGAACCAACGGAGCCCCGUGAAAAAAACAACAACGUUGCAGGUGCAACGGGCACUCUGAGCAGGCAUGAUGGAGGAGCUGCACAGCCUUGACCCACGCCGUCAGGAGCUGCUGGAGGCUCGGUUCACAGGGGUCGGUGUAGCCAAGGGGCCAAAUGAGUCUUCAAACCAAAGCCUGUGCAGUGUGGGGUCAUUGAGUGACAAGGAACUUGAGACUCCAGAGAAGAAGAGCAGUGAACAGAGGGUUAGGAAAAGGAAAGGAGAGCCCUAUGAUGGAGGGAAGGGCAGAGGACUCAAGAUCAGUGACUAUUUUGAGUUUGCGGGUGCUGGCGGUCCGGGCACCAGUCCUGCUCGGGGUGUCCCUCCUCUGGUGCGCUCCUCUCCGCAACACUCGCUCUCUAACCCACCACUACCGGUACAGCAGGGUAGCCCGUCCUCCACGUGCUCUCUGAGCAUGGAGGUGUCCAGCAGCUUCAACAGACCUCUGCUACACAAGGCCUGUCAGUCGGAGCUGACCUUGGAGAAGCUGACGGCGCUGGAGAACAACAAGAGCUCCGACCUGGAGAAGAAGGAGGGCAGAAUAGAUGACCUACUACGGGUGAAUUGUGAUCUGCGCAGGCAGAUUGAUGAACAGCAGAAGAUGCUUGAGCGCUACAAGGAGAGGCUCAACAAGUGUGUAACCAUGAGCAAGAAACUUCUCAUAGAGAAGUCUAAGCAGGAGAAAAUUGCGUGUAGGGAGAAGAGCAUGCAGGACCGGCUGCGUUUGGGUCACUUCACCACCGUCAGACAUGGGGCCUCCUUUACCGAGCAAUGGACAGAUGGAUACGCCUUCCAGAACCUCAUCAAGCAGCAGGAGCGCCUCAACUCUGAGCGCGAGGACAUUGAGCGGCAGCGCAAGCAGCUGGGCAAGAGGAAACCGCCCUCCAUGGCGCAGACGCCGCCGCCCAGCGUGGAGCCCAACAAGCGCAAGAGCAAGAGCAACGGUCUGGAGAACGAAACGUUAUCACUAGCGGAAUACCAUGAGCAGGAGGAAAUCUUUAAGCUGCGUCUUGGACACCUGAAGAAGGAGGAAGCUGAGAUCCAGGCAGAGCUGGAACGGUUGGAACGUGUGCGGAAUCUUCACAUCCGAGAAUUGAAAAGAAUACACAAUGAAGACAACUCGCAGUUUAAAGAUCACCCCACACUAAAUGACCGUUACCUGUUAUUGCACCUGUUGGGCCGUGGAGGCUUCAGUGAAGUUUACAAGGCCUUUGAUCUGACUGAGCAGCGAUAUGUGGCUGUGAAGAUCCACCAGCUCAACAAGAACUGGAGAGAUGAGAAGAAGGAGAACUAUCACAAACAUGCCUGUCGGGAGUACCGGAUCCAUAAGGAGUUGGACCACCCACGAAUCGUCAAACUCUACGAUUACUUCUCAUUGGACACUGACUCGUUCUGCACAGUUCUGGAGUACUGCGAGGGGAACGAUCUGGACUUCUACCUGAAGCAGCACAAGCUGAUGUCCGAGAAGGAGGCACGGUCCAUCGUCAUGCAGAUCGUGAAUGCGCUCAAGUACCUCAACGAGAUCCGACCCCCCAUCAUCCACUAUGACCUUAAGCCUGGUAAUAUCCUGCUGGUGAAUGGGACGGCGUGUGGGGAGAUUAAGAUAACAGACUUCGGCUUGUCAAAGAUCAUGGACGAUGACAGCUACAAUUCAGUGGAUGGGAUGGAGCUCACGUCACAGGGAGCUGGGACUUACUGGUACCUGCCCCCAGAGUGCUUUGUGGUGGGGAAGGAACCGCCCAAAAUCUCCAACAAGGUGGACGUGUGGUCAGUAGGGGUCAUCUUCUACCAGAGUGUCUACGGACGCAAGCCCUUUGGCCAUAACCAGUCGCAGCAGGAUAUUCUACAGGAGAACACCAUCCUCAAAGCCACCGAGGUGCAGUUCCCCACCAAACCUGUGGUGUCACCUGAGGCCAAGGCGUUUAUCCGGCGAUGCCUGGCCUACAGGAAGGAGGAGCGGAUAGACGUGCUGCAGUUGGGCAAUGACCCGUUCCUCUUGCCGCACAUCCGCAAGUCUAUGAGCGCUCCCCCUCCACCGGGCCCCCCCACACCCUCCACGUCCAGCUCCUACAACAGCAGCGCCUCCAACUGAACACGCACACACACACUCCGUAUCCAACUUCUACAACCGCAGCGCCUCCAACUGAACACACAUACACACACACACACACACACACACACACACACUCCGUAUCCAACUUCUACAACUGCAGCGCCUCUAACUGAACACACACACAUACACACUCCAACAUCAGCACCUCCUCCAACUGAUCUUAUACAUACAUGCUCAUGUAUACCCAACUCCCAUGACCACCCUAAAGCACAUACGUUGUCCACUAAUACCAACUUCCAGCUGCUAAAUAGUUACCACACACACACACACAUAUACAGUAUGGCAAGGAGCAGUGGUGGGAAGCUGAAGAGCUUGAAGGUGUAGUGGGGACCCAAACUUGGUGUCAGCUUGGUGUUUUUUAAGAGCUUGGACGAGACCACCACUAAGACCACAGAAGAUGCCAGUCUCAUUUGAACUCUAGAAGUUGCUAACGAGGCAGUAGAGACCUCUCCUGAGGGAUGCUGUUUCAGACACGGACACUAGAGGGUGCUGUUUCACCCCAGAAAAGUACUGUGCCACCUGCAUCCUGUGACGAGGAUGCUGGGACUUCUUCAUGGAUUUUAUUAAAUGCAGGCCCCUGCCCUUGGGCUGCCAGUGCCCAGGUGACCAAAGCUACAGGACAGGGACAGGGGAGGAGGCUUAAUGGUGAGCUAGAGUGACCAGCAGCCAGGGGUUGGGGUUUGAGGGGGUUGUUUUUCCCCCCUGCAGUUUUCAAGUUUUGUAAUGAUUUUUUUUUUUUAAUGUUUUGAAAUGUUUUUUUUUUUAUUAUUUAUAAGAUGUGAGGUUUGCCUCAGGACUCCCCUGCAGACCUUCAGGGUGAGAGGCAUUCUCAUUAAACUCCUUUGCCAGGUUA